AUGUCUCAGCAAACUUCGUUAAGCCAAUUUUUUAAAAAAUCCAAUGAUACAAAUGUUCUACAAGUUGACCAUCACAAAUCUUCAGUUUCCGUAACUUCUCCAAAUAAACGACCAAUUUCACCAAAUACAGAUAAUGUCAAACGUACCAAAAUGUUAAAAAAAUCUGACAAUACUGAAACAGAAAAUGAACAUAAUUUUAACAAUUUCGAUAUUGGAUUUUAUUUUAAUCGCUCGUUAACAGAUGUAGAGAAAGAAGAAGUUCUUAAAAAAAUUUGGAAGCCCGAACCUACUUUUGAAUUCCCUAAUACUGUUAUAUUUAGUGAAGAAGCUCUUGAAGAAAUUUGCGAGUGGGAUCAUACAGACACGUCAAAUCAAGCUAGCGCUUUUCGAAAUUCAAUUCUCCAACCAGAAUUUAUAAUUACGGUAGUUACAAUUUCAAAAGUAUUUGGAUUCGGACUCCCACUAUCAAAACAGUUUCAACAAAUUAAUAUUGAUUUAAAAUUGGCCAUGGAUUUAGCUCAAGAUACUUUGAACGAGUUAGAAGAUUAUAGAAAUCACGCUCAGAAAAAUUUUGAAGUCAUUUUUUUAGCUGCCAAAAAAAUUGCUGACAAGUUCAAUGUGACAAUGACAAUUCCGAGAAUCAAUAAAAGACAAGUACAUAGAAUAAACGUACAAACUAAUAAUCCUGAAGAAUAUUUUCGCAUAUCGGUUUUUAUUCCAUACUUAGACUCUUUUAUAAGUCAAUUAAAAUCUAGAUUUCUUAAUCAUAUUGAUAUUUUGUCAAGUUUUCACUCUCUUUUUGACGAGAAUUCUACAAAAGAAGAAUUCAAAAUAUUAGCUGUAUUUUAUGAAGAAGAUUUAAAUGGUAAUAAUUCAAUAAUAGAAGAGUUCCAACUGUGGCAAAGGAAACUUAAAAAAUUGGAAAUAAAACCAAAAAAUUCAAUCGAUGCACUGAAGUUGUGUAAUGCAGACAUAUAUCCAGGAGUUAAUAAGUUAUUUCAAAUUUUGUCUACACUACCUAUAUCUACAGCUUCAAACGAGCGGACUUUUUCAUCACUAAAACGAAUUAAAACAUAUCUACGAAAUACAAUAUCUGAGAAAAGACUUAACGGAUUGGCUAUGUUAAAUAUUCACAGGGAUGUUGAAAUCACUGUUGAUGAAGUGAUAGAGGAGUUGGCAAAAAAAUCUAGACGACUGGAAUUUAUUUUAUAA